AUGGGUGCCAAAGAGAGCACCGCUUCCCAAAAACCGCCCGAUGACAAGCAUCUUGUACUUGAUGCAGAAGGAUACAGUCUGGUACUUGAUGCUGAGAAGAACCUCGUGGAGACUCAUGGAGACGAGGCCGGAGAUAGCCAGUCUGCCGACCGUGUCUUGCGCCUUGAAAUCCAUGGCAUGGGUAGCGCUCCAGUGCUGCACCUGAAGAUUGCAGAGCAUAAGCCUGCUACUGACAAGUACCUGUACGAAGUUGGUAUGGACUGGACAGCUGGAAUGGUCUUCUUCCUCUUCCGUCUCCCCGAGACCUACCCUGGAGGCAGGACAGGACUGCUUCGCAUUGUUCGGGACCUGUGCGACGGGUCUCCUACGCUUGGGGUCACAAAGAUUAUCCCAGGGCGAGCGGCAGUCAAGAAAUUUAUUAGAUCCCGAAAGCACCCCGAAACGUGGGAAGAUUCUGUCCUUGUGAACGGCAUCAAAGUCGAUUGGAAACGCAAACGUCCGGGCUCCAAAAGACUCCACAUCCGGGUCGUGUUCCCAGGAGCGCAAGAGGGAACUAACAUGAUCGUGCUUGACGAGAGCUCCGAGCAGCUAAAAGCCGUCACCUCUGGCGAUCUAGUGAGCCCAAACUUUCCAACUGCACGUUCACCGUGUGAAUGA